AUGAGCGGAAACACUGAGCCACGACCUUGCCGGCGAUGCAAGAUACCGACGGUUCUGACGGUAAGAAAGGACCCGCUGUGCGAAACCUGCUAUGAGGCACACAUUGCCCAGCGAGUGGUAAAGGCUCUUGGCAAGCCAUGGAAGGAGGCCAAGGAGAAGAUCGGAAACAAGCCAAACGCCAAAGGAAAGUACCUCCUCGGUCUUUCCUUCGGACAUUCGUCUGCGGCCAUGGUACAGGUGCUGGACAAGAACCUCCAGAGCCUCCAUGACAGAAAGUUACGCGUCGCCUAUGAGGUGCACGCCAUCCACAUCGACACGGACCUAUCGGGCGCUUCGCAGUCAUCGGCAAAGCCCCCCGCGAGCCAAUUGCUGGACAAGUACGAGGAAAGAUUUCCCAACCUGUCCAUGCAAUGCGUGCCACUGAGUGACGCUCUCAGGCUAGAUACGAUAGACUGGUCUGUACUACCGGCUCUGCAGAAGGACCUCGGGCCCUCGCAGCAGGUCAGAGCCAUGCUCGAAGCGCUGCCAUCUGUGACAUCGAGGGUGGACAUCUUGAGGCUGCUCGUGCGGCAUCUGUUGCUGUCGCUGGCCAUAGACAAGGAAUGCCACGCGCUGCUUCUUGGCUGCACGACAACCGCCUUGGCCGAACUGACACUGGCGGAGACGGCGAAAGGGAGGGGUUUUGCGGUGCCCUUGCAAGUGAAUGACGGACAAGUUCCCAUCACGACGUUUCCACGCUCGAAGGAGCAGUCGGAAGAAGGCCAGCCAGCCAGCGGAACUCAGAAGACGACGUUCCCUGUCUACUACCUAUUGAGAGAUGUUUUCAAGCGGGAAGUGACUACGUAUACUGGACUCGUCCAACCACCGAUCAGGGAGCUGAUUCAAGACGCGGGUUCGAGUAGCAGCACUAUCGUGUCGCAUAGAGAAUUGAGCAUCGAGGACGUCAUGACCCGGUAUUUCGAGGAGGUGGAAGAGAGCUAUCCAUCGGUCGUCGCCAAUGUCGUUCGCACCACUGGCAAGCUCAUACGAGAGAAUGCCGGUGAUGCGUGUGCACUCUGCGGAAUGGAUCUGGACGAGCAUGGCUACGCCAGGUGGAAGGGAGAGAUUGGCGAGGAUCCGGAUGAUGUGAAGCGCAAGGAAACUGCAGGACGAUUAUGUUACGGGUGCGAACGGUCUAUAUAUGGGUAG